AUGAAUACAGAAUACACUUCACGUACAGUGUUGCUCUCCACUGCCGUUGUAGGCAUCACGGAUCAGUACGGAAAUUCGAUGCUCGCUCGUGCGUUGCUGGACUCUGGCUCGCAGCGAUGCUACAUGUCGGAAAGCUUUUCCCAGAAGCUCAAGUUUAAGAGAUCUCGUGAACAUUUACCUGUUGUCGGAAUUGGAGGUUCAUGCACAGCUUCAACUCAAGCAGUACUAGCUGAAAUGAAUUCUUGUGUCACAGAGUACACGACGCGAUUGAAAUUCCACGUGCUACCACGUGUCACUGUUAACCUUCCCGUACAAAGUAUUAACAUAAACAGCUGGAAAAUUCCUAAUGAAGUCGUCUUAGCUGAUACAACUUUCCACGAGUCUCGUGCGGUGGAUCUUAUAAUAGGAGCAGAAAUUUAUUUAGACAUUAUCCUAGAAAGUCAGCAAAUCAAAUUGACCGAAUCUGGUCCAACGUUACAGAACACACAGUUGGGCUGGAUUGUCUCGGGAACAAUUCCAGACGAAGCAUGCUGUUAUUCAUCGAUCGUCUCACAUUCUUCCGAAUCAGUCGAAGAUCAAUUAAUGCGAUUCUUCGAGUUAGAAUUAUGUCGUACCACUAGUACUUUUUCGUUGGAAGAAACCGCAUGCGAAAAACAUUUCGAACGAACCACAAAGAAAGAUUGUUCGGGAAAAUUUAUAGUGCAUUUACCCAAGAAACCAUACUUAAUCGAUCGUCUCGGCGAAUCGAGAUCGAUAGCUUUGCGUAGAUUUUCAGCGUUGGAGAAAAGACUCAACGCAAAUGUAAAUGUCAAACAAAUGUACUCUAAUUUCAUUAAUGAGUAUCGAAACCUGAACCACAUGCGCGAGGUAUUACCUAUUGACGAGGAGAAAUCCAUGCAAACACCUUACUAUAUGCCUCAUCAUGCGGUACUUAAGCCCGAUAGUACAUCAACCAAGUUGCGUGUCGUGUUUGAUGCGUCAUGUCCAUCGUCCAGUGGUAUUUCGCUUAAUGCUGCAUUAAUGGUAGGCCCUGUGGUACAGGACGACCUGUACUCGAUAAUUUUACGAUUCCGUCUCCACAAAUAUGCAAUCAUAGCUGACAUAGAGAAAAUGUACAGGAUGAUUAAUGUGGACCCAGCCGAUUAUCAUCUUCAACGCAUUUUGUGGAGAGAUGAUCCUUCUGAACCCAUCCGCACCUUCGAACUAACGACGGUUACGUAUGGAACCUCGCCUGCACCGUAUCUCGCUACUCGUUGUCUGAAGAAACUCGCAGAAGACAAUAAACCAACAUAUCCAAUCGCAGCAGAAACAAUCCUCAACGGAUUCUAUGUCGACGACUUGCUAAAAAGUGUUGGAAGCAUCGAUGAAGCAUCGAAAUUAUGCAGAGAACUUAUUCUGCUACUCAGCGCUGCCGGUUUCACUCUGCGUAAGUGGAGUACUAAUUCCUGUGAGAUCCUGGAACAGAUACCCAUUCACCUUAGAAGUAAUCAAUCGACUUUAGAGCUACAGCCAUCAGGCGACAUCAAAACGCUCGGAUUAAUCUGGUCACCCAACACUGACAUGUUUAAAUUCACUGUGCCCCAGUGGCACUCAUCAUCUGAAAUCACCAAGAGAAUGUCCGAUUUCGCAAAGCUCUUCGAUCCAUUAGGAUUAGUUGGACCUGUCACAGUUCAGGCCAAAGUUUUUCUCCAGGAACUUUGA